GCUCGCCGGUGUGUCACCUUGCUGAUCACGGCGGCGGCGGCGGCGGAUCCGAGUGUCAGAGAUAAAUAACACACACACACACACACACCGCAGCCAUGGCGUCAGCGACGGAUUCGGCUAAACCCAAAAGCUCCCCAAAGUCCAUCAAGUUCCUGUUCGGCGGCUUGGCUGGGAUGGGGGCUACAGUGUUUGUUCAGCCGCUGGACCUGGUGAAGAACAGGAUGCAGCUGAGCGGUCAGGGCUCCAAGGCUCGCGAGUAUAAGACGAGUCUCCACGCCGUGGCCAGCAUUCUACGCAACGAAGGAGUCCGGGGCAUUUACACAGGUCUCUCGGCCGGUCUCCUCAGACAGGCGACCUACACCACCACUCGUCUGGGUAUUUACACGAUUCUGUUUGAGAAAUUGACAAAGGCAGACGGGACUCCUCCCAAUUUCUUCAUGAAGGCACUAAUAGGAAUGACGGCCGGAGCCACGGGGGCGUUCGUGGGCACUCCUGCUGAGGUGGCGCUCAUCCGUAUGACUGCAGAUGGACGUCUUCCCCUUGAUCAGAGGAGGGGUUACACAAAUGUCUUUAACGCCCUCAUCCGAAUCACCAGAGAGGAGGGGCUUACAACACUGUGGAGGGGCUGUGUACCCACCAUGGCCAGGGCAGUGGUAGUGAACGCGGCCCAGUUGGCGUCUUACUCCCAGUCUAAACAGGCUCUGUUGGACACGGGGUACUUCUCUGAUGAUAUCCUGUGCCAUUUCUGCGCCAGUAUGAUCAGCGGGUUGGUCACCACGGCCGCCUCCAUGCCAGUCGACAUCGCCAAAACCAGGAUUCAGAACAUGCGCAUGAUCGACGGCAAACCAGAGUACAGGAACGGACUUGACGUGCUGAUGAAGGUGGUGAGGAACGAGGGUUUCUUCAGCCUGUGGAAGGGCUUCACUCCGUACUACGCCCGUCUCGGCCCUCACACCGUCCUCACCUUCAUCUUCCUCGAGCAGAUGAACAAGUUCUACAAGAUCUACUUCCUGGACUCGUAGAGUUCCUGAUCACCGCUGCAGCUCGGGCCAGCGCCGGUUCUGAGCCAUCCUCAGGGUGUGUGUGUGUGUGUGUGUGUGUGUUUUGAUUCACACACAGACCGUGAGAGACUCGGCUCAGAACCUGGUGCCUUUAUUGGACUUUCAGAACAACGAAUAUAAAAGAAAAAAAAAACAAGAUGAGGUUCCUGUCAUGUCCAUGCAGCCACACACACACACACACACACACACACACACACACACACACACAC